GUGGGGCAGGAUCCACCGCCUCGCUGCAAGGGGGUCGCCGCUUUGGACCAGCGAGAGGCCGCGAAAUUGCACACGAUGGAGUCCGCACAGGUGCUUUUUAAGGGGAACCAGCGUUCGCGCAGCGGCCGACAGCCAGCGCCAGGCACCUGGAGGGACCGCCCGCCGUGCUGCCGGCAGCCCAGAACUUCAUUUUCCAGCAUUGGCAUUGAGAGGGGCCAGGAAAAAAAGGACAGCGAGCCUCGAACGCCUGCUUGGAUUCUUUUUUCUGCCUCCUCAACAAGGCGUCUCUUUCUCUGGUCUCCUUUUUCUUCGCUUCACUGUUUCCAACUUUUUUUCUUUUUUUUACUAUUAUUAUCAUCUUCGUCUCGCUCCCUCAUUACUUUUUUUUUUUUUUUUUAUCAACUGUUCUCGUCGGCUGUCGCCAAUCCUGCUCGUCCGUCUGCGACACCAAGAACACCCAUUCCGUCAGAGUUAAUCCUCUCCGAGAGCCCUGUGUGCAUCCACCGGCCAAGACACGCGAGCUUGCGUCUUCAAUCGGCCAUUCCAUCUCGCAACCCGCCCCUUUCCCCAUCUCGCAUCCAUUGAAGCGUCGCCUUUUUCUUCGCUCUGCUCUCCAGCCCCGAAUUGCCUGCUGCGUAGCCCUGCUCCUCCGCCUUGCGCGUGGCAAACGGCCUCGUGUUCACCAAAG